AGGUCAAAGACACACACACCUGAGCCUCUAGAGGACUACACCUUUGGGUGCUUUAAGUAUAUGGUGUGUACAGAGCCCUCCUGAGUUCAGUGGGACUUCCUCUACAAUCCUAUGCGUGUUUAUUGAGUAGCAAGCCCCACGGUGACGAAUGGUGAUUAGAGUUUAGGACUGCAGUCAUUCUGCCAUUAGGUCGUGCAGCAUUUUAAACUUUCCUUUGCCAGGUUCCUUCGAGGAAAAGCAGCAAACAAACGUGACAAAUAAUAGUGGCAGCGGACAGCCCCGCAGACUCCGGAGAGGCAGAAAAAGUUAGAUCUUUAAAAGAUGGCUCUUCCUGGACGCGCAGCCUCUUCUCCGGCGGUAGGGCACCCUUUCUUCCGCUCGUUUGUACUUACGGCCCAAAGAAGUGCUUGAUUUGUUCCUCGCAGUGGUCUAGGUAGCCCGCUCCGUGCAAAGUAGAGCUGGAGAUCAGCAGCAGUCGCCGGCGAGCCCCCAUCAGGACAGAAGUCGCCCGGUGGAAACGGACCGUUUUCCUCCCUGGAAGCCCCAGGAAACUCAGCCCGGGCGCAGUUAGCGGCAGGGGCGGGUCGCGUUGGAAACCUCCGCUUGGCACAAGGAUCAGCUAUGAAUGCGAAGACUGGGUCUCGAUCAGGCUCGGGAUGGGAUUGUGUGAAGAACUCCCUUCCCUGCCUUGCACAGCCGAUGGCUCGAUUGCUUUAGUCUCCCUCCUCAAAUCUCCGCCUCCUGCCCAAAACCGGGCAAGGCAAGGGAGCCGAAGAUCGGGGACGUUGACGGACUCCUUUUUCUUUUUUUGCAGACGGAUGGGAUUGUGCUCCUUACAGACAUGCUCGAUUUUGUCAUCUUCGCAGUGACUUUCCUGCUCAUCCUGGUGGGAGCCGUGCUUUACCUUUGCCCGUCUUCCAGACAAGCUUCAGGUAUCCCAGGGAUAACUCCAACUGAUGAAAAAGAUGGAAACCUCUCAGAUAUCAUAACUAGUGGCAGCUUGCAUGAGUUCCAGGUAAAUCUCCAUGAGAAAUAUGGUCCUGUUGUAUCUUUCUGGUUUGGACGGCGUCUUGUAAUCAGCCUCGGGUCCAUUGAUCUCUUGAAGCAGCACAUCAACCCUAACAAGACGUCGGACCCUUUUGAAAUGAUGCUGAAGUCCCUGUUGCGGUACCAGUCUGGCUUAGGUGGAGAUGUGGGCGAGAGCUGCUUGAGGAAAAAACUGUAUGAAAAUGGUGUAACCAAGUCGCUGCAGAGUAAUUUCCCCGUCAUCCAGAAGCUGUCAGAAGAGUUGCUAGCCAAAUGGCUAUCCUUCCCUGAAUCUCAACAUGUCCUGCUCAGCCAGCAUAUGCUAGGGUUUUCAAUGAAGGCUGUCACACAAGCUACCAUGGGCAGCAGGUUUGAAGAUGACCAGGAAGUAAUCCGAUUCCGUAGGAACCAUGAUGCGAUCUGGGCAGAAAUCGGAAAGGGUUUCUUGGAUGGUUCGCUUGACAAAAGCAUGACCAGAAAAAAGCUGUAUGAGGAUGCUCUGAUGGAGAUGGAGUUGGUCUUAAAGAAAGUCAUAAAAGAGCGACAGGGAAAGAGCUUCAGCAGGAACAUCUUCAUAGACUCUUUACUGCAGGGGAACCUGAGUGACAAGCAGAUUUUGGAAGACACAAUGAUAUUCUCCCUGGCAGGAUCCAUAAUCACUGCUAAGUUGUGCACCUGGGCAGUUUAUUUUUUGACUACCUCAAAAGAAGUUCAGCAGAAGCUUUACAAAGAGAUGGACCAAGUUCUUGGAAAAGGCCCAGUUACGCAUGGGAAAAUUGAGCAACUCAGAUAUUGCCGGCAGGUUCUGUGUGAGACUGUGAGGACAUCGAAGCUGACACCAAUUGCUGCACGGCUUCAAGAGCUGGAGGGAAGAGUUGACCAACAUAUUAUUCCCAAAGAGACUCUCGUGCUGUAUGCUCUUGGUGUGGUGUUACAUGACAGCUCAGCCUGGCCAUUGCCCUAUAAAUUUGAUCCAGAUAGAUUCAGUGAUGAAUCUGCCAUGAAAAACUUUUCCCUCCUUGGUUUUUCAGGAAGCCAGGAAUGCCCUGAAUUGAGGUUUGCCUACACGGUAGCUACAGUCCUGCUGAGCGUGAUAGUGAGGAAACUGCACCUUUACCCUGUGGAAGGCCAAGUCAUGGACACGAGAUAUGAGCUAGUCACCUCGCCAAAGGAGGAAGCCUGGAUUACCUUAUCCAAGAGAAACUGAGGCAAGGAGUAAAGUCUUAUUUCAGGAGAAGAGUCCUCUUACCACCUUCCAUUCUUUCACUGUAAUCAUUUCUGAGGCAUUUUUGGCCUAAAAUACAUUUCCUCUUCCUUAAUGAAAAUAAUCAGGUUGUGUCUUAUAAAACAUAUAAUAUAAUCUAAAGGAUUAACAGAAGAGGAUAAUUUUGUAGGAAUAUACAGAAUUUCAACACUGCCCCCACUGCCAAAACCUGGAUGUUUGAAUUGCAAAGAAGCUGCACAUUCUGAUUUGCAUGCCCUUAGCCAUAACCGCAGGUGUGUAUAGGCAGGUUCUGGUAAGGCACUCUGCAUAUGCACAAAGGAACUUUUAACAAACUUAUAUGUGAAGGAAUACUGUUUUACUGUUGCAGGGGAGGGGAAUCACGUUUUUCAGGAUUGACUUGUAGCAUGGGAAAACAAUUCUGAUGAGCUCUUGCCUUAGAUGUGACUUCAAAAUACAAAUUGGCUGUAGACUGUCCAUUAAGAAACCCAGGUUGGAGGCCAGAAGCCCAUUUCUGAUAAGUAUAAUGUCUGGAAAUCCUUAAAGUUGUCCUUGCAUCUUCCUAAACUUUGCUGGAGAAACAAAGAAGUUUCAGAACAGAAUUGAAUAAAUCUAUGGGUGAAUAUUCAAGAUCACUUACAGAAGCCAAUCAGUUAGUUAUCGCUUGACAUAAUUUAACUUUUCAUUUGUGCUCCUACUUCAGGUUCCAGUUUGGUUUAACUUAGUUGUGACUAAGUCCCAUUGAAAGAAAUGGAACUAGUUAGAAGUACUAGAAGCCCCAUUGCAUUCAGUGGGACUUAGUCUCAACUAACUUAAACUGGUUUGGGACUAGUCUGGUUCAAGAGUGAUACAAAGAUUGUUUUUGUGUUUGUGUAGUAGUUCUGGAUUGAAUGACUCUAGAAUAAUACACCUUUAGGACAAUGAAGCAUUUUUUUUAAAUCUGGGACCUCUAGGAAGGGCUUCUCUUCUGCUGUACAAGUUACAGGGGUCAAACCAGCUGCACUACCAAUGCAAUGUUUUUUGUUGUCAAAAGGAGCUUUGAUCAAAAUGAAUCUACAGCAGCCUUAUAUGUCCAUGUUCAAAAUUAUUUUGAGGUCCAACUGUCCCUUUGUCAAAGAGUAGUUUUCUUUCUCCUGACUCUUUCCUUAUUGCUGAUGUUCUGCUAUUUAUACAGUAGAAAAGAGGCAAUUCAAAACAGUCAGCAAAAUCAGUACACUAAGUUUAAAGGCUUUCCCUUGUUUGACGUUUUGCUUAAUGCUUGAAAGAGCCCUCUGGAUUGUGAUACAAAGCCUUAUUUGCUCUGCCUCUGCCUAGGGGGUAUGCUACAGUUUUGUAUCAGAUGCAUUAAUUUUCAGAGGAUUCUUCAGUGAAUCAAGCUCUUUCCAGCAUUCUGAUUCUGUAAAAUUUUGACAUGAGCAUUUGAUUUGAUCCCUAUCCAGAAUGGUAAAAAGUUGUUCAAUAUCAACACUGCACAGCUUUUAGGCCAGUGCUGCAACAGGAAGAACUUGGGUGAGAAUGCUGCUGUCUGAAUUAAUGCUGCUUGUCGCUGCUCAGGAGCCAGGUUCUGUUAACCUUUUGAGCACCACAGCAUCAAGAUUCUAACUAAUCCCUCCCCCCAUCGCCCCUGAUAUAAAGUCUGCAGAGGCUGAUGGACUAAGAAGCAGGGAGAAGAGGACAUAGUUGUACAAAACGGCCAAUAAAUCCCAAGAGUGCUUAAGGGACAGUAGACUUUCCAUGGCUAGCAAGGGAAUUCCUAAGAGUUCUGAGCACUGAAAAGUGUAUUCUCACCUUCCUGACUACAUUUAAGUGGGGUUGUGUCCACUGAUCCAGUUCUCUGGCCUCGAGGCAUGCAGUAGAAAGUGUGACAGUGACUUGUAUGCAUGUACACUCUGCACAAUGGAUUGGGCCCCUGCCUCAUGCAGAGUUUCCACAUGUGGAAAAGCUUACACGUGUUUGUUUAUAUGCACAAAGAGCUCUGGGCAUCUGCCUUUGUUUGCAUGGAAGUUAGGGAUAGAUCACACCCACCCGACCCCCUUUCCAUUCAGUGAACAUGUUUUAAAAGGUGAGAAUACAACUGCCUGUUCCUUCUUUCUCUUGCACUCAGUUAAUAGGGACUAAGAAAUUAUUUUUUUCCUGAUCCUGGACAUGUUUAGAUUUGCUAUUGUCCUGCCUCCAUUAUUAUGUUAUUUCUUCAUUAAAUAAAGUUUGCUUUGAAUGGU